CUUUUAAUAGGUCCAAUAGUCGAAGAAAAAGGUGUUGUGGACCAAGGGUUAAACGCAUGGACCAAGGGCCUCUACGAAUAGUCAAACCUCCUAACCUUUAUGCCUUCUUUCCUUAACCUUUGUGGAACACGUCAUCGGGUCAAGGAGAGAUGAAAAGGUGCUUCCAGUGAUGUGAACGCACCAUAAGUAUAUACUCCCUGGAAGUAAGGACAGUAUAGUCAAUAUUAGGCUCGUUUUCUCGCUAAAUAUCAUUUCAGUACUCAUUUAUCCGGAUAAAUUAAUUAAAUACGAGUUAUUAUAAGGAAGAAAGUAUGUAAUAUGUUGGCUAUGUUUUUAAGAAACAUAUUAAACAUAAAUUCGUUCAUAAUAAUUCCCAGAACCGAACCGCCGUUUUUUGCUGAAGAGUUUCCCCUUGAAUCCGCAAUCAGUGAACGUCAUGAGCUAUACCAGGUCUCCGCUGCCAACAGAGGGCGACAAACUCGACUUAACCAGCAAGCCUUCGGAUCGCUGAGGGCAGGUCUGAUGAGGACAGCUGUUGGACAAUAUCACGUGACUGACUACUCAGCCUACCCACGUGGGGGGGGAUGAUCAUGUUUCUUUUCAUACCAUCAUCAGAUAUUUAGCCAACGAAUCUUACAUUGAACAUUUUAAAACUGUACCGUUGAUUACUGCACGGGCUAAACACCUUGAAGACUGCAUCCCACAUGGUCUAAUCCAACGAAGAAUAAGCAACCCACAAUCCAUUGAGAUGUCGUCCACCUCCUCUGUGGUUCUAAACACCGGGGUUUCGAUGCCCCUGGUCGGCUUCGGGACAUACAAUUUGUGUGAAAGCGGAGAGGUCUACAUAGCCGUCGACGCUGCUCUGCAAGCCGGGUACCGGGCCUUGGACACGGCGGCUGUUUACGGCAACGAAGCGGAGCUCGGCCGAGCUCUACGGGAACUGCUGCCCAAGCACGGGCUAUCUAGAGAGGAAAUCUUCAUCACUAGCAAGCUAGGACCCAAGGACCAGGGAGAGAGGGCCAUGGAGGCAGCCCUCCACAGUGUGUCGGAGCUGGGCAUGGACUACAUCGACCUCUACCUGAUCCACUGGCCCGGGACCCGGGAUUUGGCUGUGGGCGACCCCUGUAACCAAGGUAACCGCGCUGGGAGCUGGGUGGCGCUGGAGGAGCUGCACGCGCAGGGCAAGCUGCGGGCCAUCGGGGUGUCCAACUACACGCCGGCGCACAUGAAGACGCUGCUGCAGAGCUGCAGGACCCCCCCGGCCCUGCUGCAGACAGAGUUCCAUCCCCGUCUGUGCCAGACGGACCUCAGGCGGGUGUGUGAGGAGCAGGGUGUGUGUUUCCAGGCCUACUCCUCCUUGGGGAAAGGAGAGCUGGUCAAACACCCUGUUGUUAUGGAGGUGGCAAAAGGCUGUGAGCGCACACCUGCACAGGUGUUGCUACGAUGGGCCGUGCAGCAGGGGGUCCCGGUGCUGCCCAAGUCUUCCAACCCUACCAGGAUCCAGGAGAACAUGGCGCUGUUUGACUUCUCGCUGGACGCGACCGCCAUGGAGCGACUGACGGCUCUGGACGACAAACACAAGUACUGCAGGGAUUCCUCGGAGGUGGUGUGACUCACGUCGCCACGGAAACCUGGAAGGGUCAGGUGUUACGUAAGCACACCAACCAGAACAGACGCCAGAGCUCCGGGACUCCAGCAGAAAGGAAGUUAGUCUCCAAUCAGGACAAAGUUUGAGUCAGACGUUGGAUAACAAUUACCGAAAUGGACCAUGAAGUGACGUCACAUACGGGAGGGUUUUACCUAGAUACAUGAUAGGAUAUAUAUAUAUUGAUAUGCCUACUGGACUGAGCCUGUCCAGUGGACCGUACCAACUGUUAGGCUUAUUUGGCCAACACACAUCUGUGUUGGAUACUCCCAUUUUUGAUGGUUUGGGUGUGUUUUGAAAUGGCUUAAACAAGCUAAUAAACAUCCCAUCUGUUUGUAAAAUUG